UUUGUCCUGAAAGAAAACACACGUCUUUUUGUGUGUUUUCUUUUUGUGGCUCAGCUAGCUUUCUGCAGGAAAUCUGACCAUCUGCAUCGACUAAAGACGGCUUCCAAGCAGUCGACCGUUCAAAGCGGAGGUGCAGGAAAAGCAUCAUCAUCCUCGGUCAUGGCCGGAAACAAAAACUGGGAUGGCGCCGGCGGGAUGGACCAGAUAACAGUCGUGAGAAUAGACGACACUCACAUCGCUGAAGAGGAGUCGCACGUCGACGGGAAGGUGUUCUACGAGGUGGAGUGCUCGCUGCCUGCGGAGGACGAGGUCGUGGGAGAGGAUGACGAUGACGGCGUCUACGUCAUCGAGUAUUCAAACCCUGAAGAGGAGGGGGAGAGUUACCAGUUCACGAUGUCCGUAGAUCGGUCGCUCCCAGCGAAAGAGCCGAUUGUUAAAACUCCGGUGGUCAGCGAGAACCCCGGAGCUCUGCUGCCGUCCAGACCGGCGAGGUUGCGACCUCAGGUGAGCCAGAAGAGGAGGUUGGUAACCGAGGAAGAGGAGAUCAAAAGCGAAGAGUUCACAGUGAGCAAUAAGAGCGUGCUGGCGCUAGGAGAGGAUUACAGCGACGUGAUGGAGAUGAACUCGGGCUCAGGUAAGAAACUGGUGUGCACGAUGUGCCCGCCGCCCGGCAAGUUUUUCAAGAGGGCGUCUGGGCUGGCGGUGCAUUUAAAGCAGAUGCACCACAUGGAGGGGAAGAAGACGUUCUUCUGCAACUCCUGCCAGCAGUCGCUCCGCACUCAGAUCGAGCUGGACGCGCACACGAGGCGCCACGCCAACCAGGACGCCGUGUUCGUCUGCCGCCUCUGCGCAGCCGAGGAGGAAGCCGGCACGGAGGAGAAGAAGGGGUUCAAAGGGUCCAGGUGGGGCCUGAAGAAGCACCUGGAGAAGGAGCAUCCAGGUGUUAUCCCGCGCUGUGACAUCUGCAACAAAGGCUUCAAGACGCUCGUGUCGUACCUCGCCGACCAGUUCCGGCACGUCGGGGUGUCGCCGUACUACUGCGCCAAGUGUCAGAUCUACGAAAUGACUGAGCGGGGUCUGAGCGUGCACAUCAGAAACCACAACAAGAAGAAGAUGACUGAGCAGAAGGCUAAUGAAAGCCGCCUGCAGACUUUUGAAGUCUCCGCCGGAGCUGAUAACUCAGCGACAGACGACUCCGACUUCUGACGCUCCAGACUCACCGUUUAGCUUCGUGUUCGAGUGAAGCGGCUCACAGACGUCAGGGUCAAAUCCCACAUUUUAUGCAUCUGAACUGAACUUUGGGCAAAAAAACUUUUCCCCUAACAGUUAGAAAACCUUUGUGUGUGUGCAGUUAAUGACCAAACAUGUUACUGUUUAAGUAGAAGUGUCUAAGAAUUA